AUGGAUUUCCAAAAGUUUGUUGCAUGGGAGAAGCUGUCAACCCUUGCUUCCAAAACAGAUGCUCCUGAAUCUUCAUCAUCUUCAUCAAAAUCAGGAAGUGCGAGUGAUAAUCAAUAUGAAUCUGAUUAUGAGGCCAAGUCCAAAGAUGCAUCCCUCAAAAUAGAACCCAAAAUUUCUCCCUUAAUUGAAAUCCCUCCUUCUGUGAGGAAUGUGUUGGAUAAAAUUGAGAUGGCACAAUUGGAAAGAGCAAAGAAGGAGGUUUCUAAGAAGCUCUUUCGCAUCCUGGACAAUGUGAACCGGACCUAUGAACGCUACAAAAAAGAUGAAGGAGCUGACCCAGAGAUAGAAAAGGAGUACUACCGUUCACAAUUGUGGGAAGAGAGAAGCCGUCGAUCUCGUUUUUUAGAUGAAAUUACUGAUGUGUUAGAUGAGAGCUUCUACAAAGCACAGGAAUUACAGAUGGUGCUUGAGUCACUAAAAUCUUUGCAUGAAAUGCUGAGAGCAGUUGAACGAGAAGAAAAGGUGGCUCCCACUGACGACUUAAUUGAAGAGAUGGAGGGGAAAAUCCUGAAAUCUAUCAAUGUAAUUGACUCAAAUGUUCAGCGUCUGAUCAAGAUAUUCCACCCACUCUUUGAAGAGAAAACUAAGCCAAGACGGAAAUCAGCUCUCAGAUCUGGCCUGUUUAAAACAUGGAGAGAAAAAAUAGCAGAUAUGCCCCAGGAAGGUGAGCCUUUGACACCAGAGCGGAUGUUGGAAGACGAACCUCUUACUUUCACCCGCACUAAUGAGCUCAACAGCAUGAUGCAAGAAAUGGUAGAUUCUUCAGUCUUUAACAAAGCAGAGUCUGUUGGAAUUAAGUACAUUGCAGGCAUGGUAGCAAACCUCAUAAAGGCCCUCAGCCUUCUAGGUAAGCAAUACCGCAGCUUAAAAAUCAAGUCUGAAAACCUGGCUGCCUUGGAAAGCAGGAAGCAGGACCCACAAAUUGCAAACCUGCAAAGGGAACUACGAGUGACUCUGGAGAAGAAGGCAGCACUGGAAAUGCAAGUCCAGAAUGUUGAAGAAAGGUGUAAGGUGCUCUUGAUUAGUAAUGAAAUGAUGCAAAAAGAGCUGCAUGAUGCAAAUGAGAAGGCAAUGGUGGUGACAACUAAAGUCUCUUUGACCAGAGCUCCUUCAAGUAAACUUCUCGAGAAAACUUCCCCAGAUACUGAGAAAGAUAUGAAAGCAAAAAAGGAUGAGAAAUCAUCUACGAAACUCCAUGCUGGGAUUAAAAAGAUGCUAAGUGCAAAAGCUGAAGAAGGGGAAAGCACAGAUGAGGAGCAGCACCAGCAGAAACCCAAAGCUGAAGGCAGUGAUAGUGAACAGCUACAAGCAACAGUUUCAGAAGAACCUUUGGCCCUCCUUGCAAUAAAAGCUCAAGAUAGCAGAAUUAAACAUGGCUUGAAGAAGGUCACAUCACCAGAGACAGUAAUAGCCCAUAUAUCCUCACAGCUAUCACAGAAGACGUCUGAGGAAAAAAGCCCUGAAGCCACCACCAUAGGGGACAUAACAUCUCUUGAACAAGAGCCAGCAGGCAAAUGGGAGCCAAAGGUAAGUGAGUGGAAAAAAAUACGAGCAUCCAUUUUAAAAAGACCAAAAGGACUCACAGCAACAAAAUCACCUGAAGGAGGCACUCAAGUGUCUGAAGGAGAACCAGUUUCUGUCGAAAGUGGCCCUAAACCCACUAUCAAACAGGACAUUAAGGGCAGCCCUUCUGAAGUGGAACUCGCACAAUUGUCCAAACAGCCAGUAGAAGGAGCCCCAAGUCCUGGUAUCCAGCAGGGUAAGACAAGAAUGAAGCUUAGGUUCUCAAUGAGGGACACUGCCGGGAAAGUUGUAGAGGCCAUCAGAGAGAAAAAGGUAGUCAAAUUUGAGGACGACAAGCUGACCCAAAGGCCUUUGACAGCUCCAGAGAUCCAGAAGAAGUGGGAUGGAGAGCUCCCAGAUAAAAGCUCAUCACAAAUAACCGUAGCAGAAGGAGCUACUGAAUCAACGUCUGAGACACAAUAUGUUGGUCAAAUGCAGGCACAGAAACGGCCAAUAGGCAGGCCAAAAGAAAUCCGAGGGAAGAAAGCAGUGAAGCACCCCAGUAGAACACCAGCAGCGGUGCCACAGCCACGUCAGGCAGAGGAGACAGGAGAUGUCAUCCAUGGUUUAGGUACAAAGUUACAAGAGAUUGCCACAGAGAGAGGUGGUGUAUUAGAUGCAGAGACUAUCAAAAGUUUUUUUGAGGAACUGGACAUGACGUAUCAAGAAAUAAUGCCAGGUGAGGUGGCUGAAAGCCAUGACAUUAGUCCAGAAGAGGAGACUGGAAGCUAUGAGAGUAUCCCAGGAGACGUAGCUGAAAGUCAUGACACUAGUCCAGGAGAGGUGGCUAGAGGCCGCCCAGUAGACAAACUUGCCAAAUUAUUUACUGUAAAAAGGCCCUCAUUGCCUUCUUCUGCAUCUGAACAAGUCUCUAGGAAGGAAAAACAGAGAGUCUCAAUUACUGAAGCAUCCUCUGGACAAGAGACAAGCUCUGAACUGCAAGAAUUUCAGGCGGCCAUCCUUGCUUGCUUAGAGGACAAGCUAAAUAAAUUAAAGAAGAGUCCCUCAGGCAGCUGGAAGCGAUCACUAAGACCCCAGCCCACGCACCCACAAGCCCAACAACUCUCUCAAGCAAUAGACAAAAAACUGGACGAAUGCAUCUUGAUGAAGCAGAAAAUCGCUAGUGGACUGAGGAGGCAGAAGUUCGUAAGGAGCAUACAGGACAAGGGUGAGCUGCAAGUAGAAGAGGAAAAGGGAAUAAAAGUUACUCCUCUAUCUUCUUCCUUUGACAUUCCUUCUGUGGUGUCCCAGGAUUCUUCAAGCAGUUCUUACAGUCUUUCUGGAACAGAAUGGGAGCAAGAAAUGAAGUCAUGGCCACAGCAAAGGUGGGAGAAGGAAGAACAGGAAGAAGAAGAAGAAGAGGAACAAGAACAGCAACAAGGAGAGGAACAAGAACAGUUGUGGAAAGACCAGAAGGAGCCCCAGGAUCAACAAGAAGAGGUAUCGUGGCAGUAUGAACACUCGCCUAUUUUGAAAGAGGAGGAAGGCGACUUGGCCAAAGUUUCAUAUCCCAAGGAAGCAGAGCCAUCUCAGGAACAUCAGCUUGAUGAAACAGAUCGACAGGUCAAGGAAUCAUGGCAGGAAGGGAUAAAGCAAGAGGCAAAACAACCUUCUGCAGAAAAACACAAGCGUGUCCAGAAACAAAAAGGGCCCCGAUGGAAAGCGUCAAAGUCAUACCUGGAAAGUGAUAGCUCACGGGAGUUCGAUCAAGAAAAGCAGCUUUGGUACAUGCAAAUCCAGCAGCAGCUGCAGGAAGAGAAGCAGCGGCUUCAAGAAGAACAGGCACGGCUGCAGGAGGAACGCCAGAGGCUGGAAGAGGAAGAGCAAUAUCUGGAGCAUUGGGAGAAGAUGUUUGAGGGGCAGCGGGAACAGUGGGAACGGGAGCAGUGGCAGCGUGAGGAGCAGGAGCGCUUGUGGCAGGUGCAGCUUGAGCAUUGGCAGCACCUGCAGCAGGAGAACGACAAGCAGGAGCAGUUCUGGUGGGGGCAGCGAGAGCAGCAGCAGGAGCAGCAGUGCAUGUUGCAGGAGGAGGUUGGGCGGCUGGAGCAGGAGUGCAAGGAGUACCUGAAACUGCGAGGGGAGCAAGCAGAAGAGCAGUGGCGCUGGAGCCAACUCAAGGAAGGGUACGAGAAGCAGCAGCUCCUCUGGCAAGAGGAGGACGUGGAGCAGGAGAGGAAGAGGUGCCAGUGGCAGGAGCAGCGAGCGCAGCAGGAGCAGCAGAUGGAGGCUUUGCGGGAAGAGCAGCUGGAGCAGGAGCGGAAGUACAAGCAGUGGCAGCAGGAGCAGGAGGAGCGGCAGCAGGAGCUGGAGCACCUUUGGGAGAAGCGGUGGGAACAACAGAUGCAGCUCUGGCACCACCAGAUGCAUCAGCAGAGGGCACAGGUGGAGAAGUGGCAGGAGCAGCAGAACAAAUUACAGGAGAGACAGGAACAGAUACAGAAGGAAGAGAAGCCCUUGGCUGCCAAGAUGAAAGUGGUGGAGGGGACUAUUCUGGAUCAGUUUGCCAAGCAAUAUAAGGUUUCUCCCACCCCCAAAGAGAGACACCGUUCUACUACUCCCCAGCUCAGCCCCAUACCUAGUUGUGAAUUUGAUGAAGAUACCUUUGAACUGGAGACCACGUGGUUCCCCAAGCUCUUCUCCAGAGCUGAGGAGUUUCCUGCACCAGGUGUCACAGAAAAGCGUUACUGGAUAAAUGUGGAAGCUCAGAGGAAAAACCUGGAGGUGUUGGGGCAAGCUGUCCAGAAGGCUGGUAUUUCAUCAGAACUGUACACCAAAUCCAAAGGAUUAAUCAAACAAGCAUUGCACAGCAAUGUAGAGAGGCUGGCUUUGCUCUUCCGGAAAUACAUCAGCUUCUGCCAUCUCCAGGAGGCCAGACGAAGCUUACUUAUUCAAUUGGAAGCUGCCAAAGAUGCUAAGGAUGGUCCUAAAUUGCAGAAUUUGUACAAGAUGGUGGACAACGUGGAUGCAUAUCAGAAAAAGGUUUUGGAGCACUGGAUUGUUAAACAGGUCAUUGUGGAGAAGAAGCGUCGGCGCUGUCUUGAAAGGAUGAUUGCCUUGUUUGCUCAGCUCCGCUUGAGCACCAAACUCCAACUUACCAACCCUUGCCCAUUGUUGAUCAAAGCAAGAGAAAGUACAAAGAAGGAAAUUCUGCAUAUGCCCCACAUUGGACCUGUCUUCCUGAAGCCCAGAGUCUACCCAAGCCCCUUGAUCAGUGUGAAGAAACCUCAAGAUUUCACCUUCUCAGCUGUAGUCAGAGAGCCAAGCAGUGAACAGAUAGAAUCAUUGUGGAAGACAGAUAUCACAGAACUGAGUAUCCCCCUUGGACCCAAAGAGCCUGUGUCUGUUUUGUGGUCGGAGGCUUGCGGUUUUCCAGAUGUCCCUAGAUUUUUGGAAUUAGACAUUUCCGCCAUUAGGAAGAAACCCCUACAAAAUAUAAAGACUCGGAUUCAGAAUAUUCCCAGAUGGAAGAUAUCUGGAUAUAAUUUUAUGCAUUUAUAAUUUACAUAGUAAGCCAUAUAUAGUUUCAGGAUUAAUUUAAUCCAAUAUGUAAUAUAUAGAUAUAUAUAAUGUAGGUAGUUGACUGAUAGUGUAUUCU